AUGAUUAUCGGAGGUGUAGAUGUUGCAAAAACCACCAUUGUGGCUUCAAAGAAAAUGAAGGUGUUGCUGACUAGAGAGAAGAGAUCGAGGGAUUACUUGCGGAGUGAGGUGAUCACUUUCAAUCGUGAAGAUGCAGAGAAUAUUGCCCAUCCGCACAAUUUUGCGUUGGUAAUUUCUGUUAACAUUAACAAGUUUCUUGUUAAAUGUAUUUUGAUUGAUCCAAGUAGCUCGGCCAAUAUAAUCCAAUGGAAGGUAUUAGAGCAAAUGUCUUUACUCGAUCAAAUUGUUCCGGCAGUUCGAGUUCUGAAUGGUUUCAACAUGGCGAGUGAAAUGACAAAAGGGGAAAUCAUCCUGCCAGUUGAUGCGGUCGGAAAGGUGCGGAUAAAGAAGUUCCAUGUCAUAGACGGAGUAAUGAGAUAUAACGCUUUAUUUGGUAGACCAUGGAUACAUGAUAUGGAGGUUGUGCCAUCAACACUGCACAUGACGCUGAAGUUUCCUACUCCGGAAGGGAUUAAGGAAAUUGGGGUGGAUCAACCAGCGGCUGAGGAAAUGUUUGCAAUUGAGGGAACAUUGGGGAAAAAAAGCUAA